UUAACUUGUGCAGCCCUAGUCUGCUCCUUGUAUCGUGCUUGAUUUCUAGUGUGUUGAUUCCGGCAUCCAGAGAGGCGGUGAUUCCGGCGACUCUACGAAUAACUUUAGAGCAUCACCAACGCUGGUAUUCUAGUUUAGGUUUAGUCUGCCACUUCAUCAAAAUUAGACAUUGUCUUAACAGCGUGAAGGUUAACGCAAUAAGCGCGACUUCACCAAAAAAUCAGAGGGAAAACGAAAACUGAAGAAGGAAAUCUAAAACUCAGGAGGGAAAUUGAAAACUCAAGACCUAUAUAGUGAACUCUCUUUGCCGAUCUGCCACAAAUAAAUCAUUCUCUCUGGUAUUUCUAUCGCUGAAGCAGCUCUGAGAUCUCUGCGAUUGGCCGAUUCAUUCAAUUUUUUUGGGAAAAUCAGACUGAUUUAUUCAGAUUCAGAUAUUGAACAUGAUGCAAGAAUCUUCAACCAUGAGCCCACCUGCCAACAUGGACCCCCCUGCAAGUGAUGCUGAAGUCAAACCAGAAACACUUGAAGAAGUUAAAGAGGAAGGUCCAAUGUUUCACUGCAACCUUUUUGAUGCUGAAAUGGUUCACAAGAUAGGACAAGAAUUUCUCACAGGUUUGGCAUCUGCAUGUGUUGACAACACGACAGGUGGCAUAUUCAAGAGUCCUGCAUCAGUGGCUCUUGAUGUUAGAAGAGAAAUGGUGGACUAUCUUGUCCAAAGAAGUGAGACUUUUGUGGCGGAAUCGGUUGUCUUUGAAGGUGACCCUAUUAUAGAAGCACCCACUGAUGCUUUUGAUAUUAUCUCCGAUUUUAUUGAUGAUUUUGCACAUUCAAAAAGAAAUUUUUUCAGCCGUGUGUCAGGAUGGAUUCUGAGUGAUAGGAGAGAAGAUAGGAUAGAUGAUUUUGUGCAGGAGAUGGAACUGAAUGGGUUUUGGUUGAUUGGGCGGAGGGAAUCAGUUGCACUAACUUUGCUGAGAAAUGUUGAUGUCAAGAAUACCUAUCAUUGCAGUAUGAAGUUUAGGUCUGAAGAAGAACUUGAACAUCAUCUUCCCUCUUGCAGUUUCCGGGUUGUGAACUGCGAGAAUGAGGGAUGUAAUGCUAUAUUUGUUGCUGGUCAUGUGGAUCAGCAUGACAGCGCCUGUCCUUUCAAAAUGCUUCCAUGUGAGCAGAAAUGUCCAGAUAGCAUAAUGAGGCGUGAUAUGGACAGGCAUUGUAUCACUGUAUGUUCAAUGAAGCUUGUGAACUGCCCUUUUUAUCCUGUAGGUUGUUUAUCUACAGUUCCACAGUGCUAUAUUGCGGACCACCGGUCCGAGAAUCUCCAGUCUCACUUAGUUUGCAUCUUGAAACUUGUUCACAAGGAAGCAUCUCUAGAAGCAUUGAAGAAAAGGACAGAAGUGUUGAUGGAGGAAGCACCUCGUGGGAAGUUAGCAGCUGCUAGGGAUGCCAGAGCUUUAACAUUUGCAAUCAAGGAUCUUGAAGUAAAGCUUGGGCCUUUAGAAGAAGUAAAACAAAGUGUAGGGGAAGAAACCUCAACAACUAACAAUGCCGAGAGCUGUGCUAGUAUGCUUGCUGACUCACCUACGACACAUGAUGACAUUGCAGCUUCUGAUGAAUCAUUUGCAAAAGAUGAAAAUGACACAGAGAAACAGGCAGGGUCACUGUAUACAGAAUUGAAUAACAUUGGUAUGUCUCCUAAUAGGGCUGAGGAGGGCAUGGAGAUACCUAAGUCACCCAAGAAACAUAAUGUUUCUGGAAGUGGCCAAUAAUUAAAGAUGAGGAAAACAAACUUCUUUUUCGAUCAAGUGAAAGAGAAUAUGUCAGCGUCACCUGCUCGAGAGAAGAAAAGCACAAUGAACGACUCAGCUUGCACUACAGAUGCAUCUAAUGGGGGCUGAAAAGAGUUUUAUAGGUACAACCUCCAACAGGGAAAAAUAAUUUAGUCGUGGAAAAUCACGAUACUAAAAAAAUACAAUUUGUGCAGAAGGCAAAGAGUGUACUAGCUUCAUUUGCUACUGGGAGAGUCAUAGAGAUUAGAGAUGGAGAGCCAAAUUAAAUCUCAGCUGCUGCUGUAAACUGUAAAGUUUUGGACAACGCCUAUAUGUGCACACACUACUGUGUUUUUUACUUUUAAGUUUCCCAUACACACUCCAUUUGUCAUUGUAAACAUUCUUAUCCAAUUAAUGGAUGCGAGAUUUUGUCCGGUUCAUUCCUUUGUUUGAAUUCA